AUGAAUUUCAGAGAAUUCCAAUUUGCCCAAACACUUAUAUUUGCAAUUGAAGAAAUCAAUCGAAAUCCUGCAAUUCUCCCAAACCAUACUCUUGGCUACACAAUCCACAAUGCGUGUGGAUACGACAACAUCCUGAAGUCUGGUGUGGCUUUAGCCAGUGGCCAGGAGGAGUUUAUUGAUGAGGGGAACUGCACCAAGGCUGUCAUGGCUCAGGCUGUCAUAGGCCACUCUGCCUCCACACCAACCAUGGGAUUGGUCCGCAUCAUUGGGAGUUUUCAUAUACCCGUAAUCAGCCACUUUGCCACCUGUACGUGUCUGAGUAACAGAAAGGAGUUCCCCUCCUUCUUCAGAACCAUCCCCAGUGACUUCUACCAGAGCAGAGCCCUGGCCCAGCUGGUCAAGCACUUUGGCUGGACCUGGGUGGGGGCUAUAAGCAGUGAUAAUGACUACGGAAAUAGCGGCCUAGCCACGUUCAUGCUAGCUGCACAGGAGGAGGGAGUGUGUAUAGAAUACUCUGAGGCAUUUGAGCAGACAGGUCCGCGCCACAAGCUUCUCAGGAUAGUGGAGAUUAUUAAACAGUCCAGUUCAAAGGUCAUCAUGGCCUUCAUGACCCACAGGGAGAUCAAGGUUCUGGUGAGUGAGCUCUACAGGCACAACGUCACAGGACUGCAGUGGAUCGGCAGUGAUGCCUGGAUCACAGACCCUUCACUCACUGCCAGCGAGGGACACGGCACCCUGGUGGGCGCCAUAGGCUUCACGGUGAGCAGGGCUCACAUCCCUGGGCUGGGAGACAUGUUUCUCAGGGAUUUCUGGGAGAUUGUGUUCGACUGCUCUCUCAAUAUGACUACAGAAUCUAAGAGGAAGCCAUGCAACGGCUCUGAGACUUUAAGAGGCGUGCAGAACACGUUCACAGAUGUGUCCAAGCUGACAUUCACUAAUAAUGUGUAUAAGGCUGUGUAUGCCGUGGCUUACGCCCUCCACAACCUGUUGACAUGUGAGGAGAGCCAGGGCCCCUUCUCUAAUGGGAACUGUGCUCAACCCACACACAUCCAGCCAUGGCAGCUGUUGCACUACCUACAGUCUGUCAAUUUCACAACGGGAGAGGAGGAGAGAGUCUUUUUUGACAGCAAUGGAGAUUCCCCAGCCAGAUAUGACCUUGUUAAUAUACAAAGUGCCACAUCGGGAACCAUGGAAGUGGCCACAGUCGGUUUCUAUGACGCUUCUUUGACUGAAGACCACCAGUUCACUGUGAACAAUGUUAGCAUCGUCUGGGGAGGAAGGAGGAGUGAGACGGUGCCUGUGUCAGUGUGCAGUGAGAGCUGUCCCCCAGGCACUCGUAAGGCUGCGCAGAAAGGAAAGCCUGUCUGCUGUUAUGACUGUGUACCAUGUGCAGAGGGAGAGAUCAGUAAUACCACAGAUUCAGCCGAGUGCAUGAAGUGCCCAGUCCAAUACUGGUCCAAUGGGAGAGGGGAUAGAUGUGUCACAAAAGAGAUUGAAUUCCUGUCCUACAAUGAGGUCAUGGGGGUCGUCUUAGUUCUGUUUUGUUUGAUUGGGGUUUGUGUAACUAUUAUUAUAGCAACAAUUUUCUUCCAAUAUAAAGACACACCCAUCGUCAGGGCCAACAACUCUGAGCUGAGCUUCCUGCUGCUCUUCUCCUUGACUCUGUGUUUUCUGUGUUCUCUUACUUUCAUUGGCCGGCCCUCUGAGUGGUCCUGUAUGCUGCGCCAUACAGCGUUUGGGAUCACCUUCGUCCUCUGCAUCUCUUGUGUUCUGGGGAAAACAAUAGUGGUGUUGAUGGCCUUCAGGGCUACACUUCCAAGCAGUAAUGUCAUGAAAUGGUUUGGGCCUCCACAGCAGAGACUCAGUGUUCUGGCUUUCACUCUCAUACAGGUCCUGAUCUGUGUUCUCUGGUUAACAGUCUCCCCUCCUUUCCCCUACAAGAAUAUGAAGACCUAUAAGGAAAAGAUCAUUCUAGAGUGUGAUGUGGGUUCAGCUAUUGGUUUCUGGGCUGUGUUGGGGUAUAUAGGACUCCUGGCUCUCUUGUGCCUUGUGCUGGCUUUUCUGUCUCGAAAGCUGCCCGAUAACUUCAAUGAGGCCAAAUUCAUCACCUUCAGCAUGCUCAUAUUCUGUGCAGUCUGGAUCACCUUUAUCCCAGCUUAUGUCAGCUCUCCUGGGAAGUUCACUGUAGCUGUGGAGAUAUUUGCCAUUCUGGCCUCUAGUUAUGGAAUGCUACUUUGUAUCUUUCUUCCAAAAUGUUUCAUUAUAUUGCUGAGGCCAGAGGAAAACACCAAGAAACACAUGAUGGGGAAGAAGACCAAUGAUAUGCGUUAUUAA